CGCGCGAAAUGGAAACGGCUAGACCACACGCAGCUUUACGAAUCGAGAUCUCUCCCUUCGCGCCCUCCCACGCCGUCAUUCUAUUGCGUGAUCUGGAAGGACUAUAAAGGCGAUCGCGACAACUGGACCGGUGCGCGUUAUCGAGUGAAUCCCGCGGCAACACGCUACUCAUCGUUUACGAUCGCGUGGGACCACUGUCUCUUUCGGCUCAACCGAAUAAACGCGAGAGAUGACGCGUUUCACGAUCGUGCUACUCGGUCUGACGAGCCUGGCCUCGGCCAGGCCCACUUUUCUGCCCGUACCAUCGACGUACGCGACACCCCUGAUACCCGGCGCGCAGAUCGGCACCAACGAAGCGUUGGACGGCCCCGAAGUCGACGAAAGAACGGGGGUGGCGAACGGAGCCGCGAGGUCGCCCGUUGGAUCCCGGUUGCUGCGAGGAAGACAACCGUCCACGGCUUCCGCGCCUCUCGGCGCCGACGGCAGGGUCGUGGAGACGCCGGAAGUCGCGGCUGCCAGGGCGGCUCACGCGGCCGCGCACGUCAACGAGAGAAUCAACCUGGCGAACGAGGUCGCGAGGUCCAACGAUGCGUUAGACUUGGCCGAAGUCGCCGACAGCGAUCCCGACGGUAAAGCCCUGGACCCAUUCGCGCGCGUCAACGGGAAGCUCGACCUGGUGAACGAGGCUGCGAGAUCCGGCGACGUCCUCGGGCACCGCAUCGCGAGCGGUCGCGUGCUGCCGUUGGUGCUCGGCAACGGGGUCGUCGCUGCCCUGGUGCCCGUCGACCCCGACGGCAGACCCUUGAACGUGCCGGAAGUGCUGGUCGCGCGCGGCUACCAGAAUCUGGCGAACGACGUGAGAUCCGUCGACGCUCUGGCAGUCGCUGGUCCCGCGCUCGCUUACGGCAGAUUGAUUUACUAAAGAAGAUUUUGCCGAUGCGCUCGAAGAAAAUACAGCUUUGUACGCGUAACUUUGCGUAAAAUAAUUGUUAAGUUUCAGACCGUAGUCCAAACAAUGGUAGAUCCAGGGACCAACACCUCUCCGACGACGAGUGGAAAACUCAAUAGGAUACAAAUAGAAUAAUCAUGUAUUUCUUGCUUGCGCAAUUAUUAUUUUUAGUCAAAAUGUAUUCCGUGUACUACGUAAAAGUAAACGUCUAAUGUAUACACACGUAAAGCCGACAUAUCGCGAAGGAAUAAAAUUGUUACCUCACAUAAAUGUGCGAUACUUGGUUCAAUCCGCCCGUACUUUACGC